GGGGCCAGCUGUAUUGUGAUCAGUCAUUGCUGGAGAGAGCUGAGGAGAGGACACGGCUGCAGCCUCCAUGGUUUACAAUAGCUGAGUUGCAGAUCUCAUCUCCGUUCAUAUUUGGGUAAGGCCUGCUGUGACAGAAGGAUGAGUGCUGCCACCGGUCAGGGGGUGAUUACAGCCCCUCCCCCUCCCAGCAUGCCACACAAAGAGCGCUAUUUUGACCGUAUUGAUGAGAACGAUCCAGGAUAUCUCAGAGAGAGGAACAUGUCACCAGACCUGCGGCAGGAUUUCAACAUGAUGGAACAGAAGAAGAGGGUGACCCAGAUUUUAAAAAGCCCGGCUUUCCGUGAUGAUCUAGAGAGCCUCAUUGAUGACCAGAUGCAGAAAGGAAAUAAUCCUGCAGGGUUAUUGGCGCUACAGCAGAUCUCCGAUUACAUCACAGCAAGCUCCUUUGCAGGUUUUUCUUCCUCCUCGCUUAGGUCCCCACACACCUCUAUGCGUACAGAUUCAAUUAAGCAAAUGACGUCAAGCUUGGGAAUGGUGACCCCCAUUAAUGACAUCCAAGCCUCGGCGGAGGCUGCAAUGAUGAAAGGGGAGAGACUGACUCGCUGCAAGCUGGCCAGCAUGUACCGGUUGGCUGAUCUGUUUGGCUGGGCACACAUGGCCAAUGCCUACAUAACAGUCCGAGUGAGCAAAGAACAAGAUCACAUUUUGAUAGUUCCCAGGGGCCUCUCCUUCUCUGAAGUGUCAGCCGCCAACUUGGUGAAGCUUAAUAUAAUCGGUGAGGUGGUGGAUCAGGGAACCACGAAUCUUCGAGUCGACCCAUCGGGAUUCAGCCCGCAUGCUGCCAUUUACUCCACACGUCCUGAUGUGCGAUGCGUUAUCCACAUCCAUACCCCCGCCACAGCUGCCGUCUCUUCCAUGAAGUGUGGGGUACUUCCCAUCUCUCAGGAGGCUCUACUGCUGGGAGACAUUGCUUACUACAACUACCAGGGCUCCCUCGAUGAGCUGGAGGAGAGGAUCCAGCUGCAGAAAGUUCUUGGGCCAAGCUGCAAGGUGCUGGUUCUUCGAAAUCAUGGAGUUCUGGCACUUGGCGAGACCGUGGAAGAAGCUUUUCAUUACAUCUUUAAUGUACAGCUUGCAUGUGAAAUACAGGUAAAUGCUCUGGCUGGGGCUGGAGGGAUUAACAACUUAGUUCUGCUUGAUCAUGAGAAAUACAAGCCAGUCACACAUGAUCUGGCCAGUGAAGGUGGCGGAGGGGUCAAUAUGGAGGGGCAACACAAGUGGAAGGUUGGAGAGUUGGAGUUUGAGUCUCUUAUGAGGAUGCUAGAUAAUUUGGGUUACAGGACAGGUUAUGCCUACCGACAGCCUCUGACCCGGGAAAAACCUAGACACAAGAGUGAAGUAGAAAUCCCAGCCACAGUCACAGCAUUCUCAUUUGAGGAUGAUCCCUCUAUGCCACGUUCCCCCCUUCGAUUCCUAGCACAGAGGCAGCAGCGAGAGAAGACUCGAUGGCUCAAUUCUCCUAACACCUACCUCAAAGUUCGUGUUCCUGAGGAGUCUCUGAAUGGAGAGAUGAGCCCAAGGACCAAGGUUAUGUGGAUGAAAGCUGAGGAGGUGAACAAGGCUGGAGGGUUCCCCAUCAAAAUCGAAGAUCCCAAUCAGUUUGUCCCGUUAAACACUAACCCAACUGAUGUUCUGGAAAAACGGAACAAGAUCAGAGAGCAGAACCGGUACGACCUAAAGACUGCUGGACCCCAAUCCCAGGUGCUAGCUGGAAUUGUAGUGGACAGGCCAAAUCCUCCCAUGCAGUUUGAGGAGGAUGAAAAUGCACCACCACCCCCUCCAAACCCAUUCAGCUACUUGCUGGAGGAAGAGACUGAAGGUGGGCAAAAGAGAGACCAGAACUCAAACCAUGAUGCUGAGCACGAAUUAAUCUUGGAUGAAGCACCCUCUGUCCCAAUAACUGAGCCCACACCCCAGGCACCGAUAACUAACACAGAGUCUUCAGAGGACCUUAUUAUAAACACAGAUUCGCCCACCGUGGUGUUAAAUGGUAAAGAUAGCAGCAGACAUGAGGAGGAUCUGUCGGUGCAAAUGAACCAGCUCCGCGUGGGGGAGACUGUGGAGAUUACAGUCAGGACCUCUGAGAAGAUCAUCGAAGGGGAACUGACCCCGGAGGGUUCUCCUUCAAAAUCUCCCAACAAGAAAAAGAAGAAAUUCCGCACCCCGUCCUUCCUAAAGAAAAACAAAAAGAAGGAAAAACUGGAGGCUUAAAUGCCACAUAUUUUUGGAGGGGGAGGGAGAGAGAUUUUUUUGGGGGGGUCUAAGUGGGGUGCCAAUUUAGCCCCUUAAAUGCUGGAGGGACCUACAACUCUUUGCACAGUGUUCUGCUGGUGGGGUAUGAAUCCCACUCUUUUUUGCAGCUCCUGCUUUGUAAGCCAUGCAGCAGCGCACCUAGUACCUAAAAUGGCCAUAGGGAGAGCGGAGUGCGCCUGGCCCCCUGAUGUCAAUACAAAGGAUUGUAAAAUGCACUCUAUUUACAGGUCCAAUGCUGCAGCGAGGUGCCUGCCAGGAGCCGCAGAAGGAUUUUCUUUUUUUAAAUUGGCUUCAGUUUGAUUUUGCAAUGUCCCGGUUUGCUCAUACAUACAGAUCUACAUUGUGCGUGUGCGUUUGUGUGCUCCAAUGCGUGUACCUCUAUAGAAACAUAUAUACAUGUAACAAUAUUCUAACAGUGUAUACAUGUAUAGUACAGACCUCUGUUGCUAAACAGGGGGGUGAUUUUAAAAUCCACUAAGAGCCAAAAUGGCCUUAAACUGGAAUGAAAGGGUUUUUAUAUAAAUAUUAGCAGUGCAUACCUAUUUUCCAGUAAAGCCUGCGAUCUCAUGAACUUUGCUGUCCAUGGAGACCAAGGUUAUGUCUGCUUCUAUAAAUAGUGCCGUGUAUUACCUUAGCUGCUCCCAUUUCAAGUUUAGGACACGUCAAUCCACAUAGACAUACUUAACAUGUCUGCCAGUCAAUAACUAGGCACCUUCCUAGUCUAGGCUUUUGGGGUACAUUAUUAAUAUUAUGAACCUGCUGCUGAACCCCUCUGUACCUCGCUGAACGGCCAGAUUUCCGUUUUCUGUCUGGUGUAACUAAACCCUGCGUAGUUCUACCUGGGGACAAAAUUGUGUGUUAAGGGAGCUUCUUGCAUACGUUUUUUAAUAUAUAAAUUUCACAAUUUUUUAUUUUUUUUUAAAAGCCCCUUUGCUGCCCCUAUAUGUAACCCUCUCAGUGCCAGAGAAUAAAGCAGUGCAUUGCUUAACCACGUGUAGCACAGUAUUAAAAUGUAUACAUAGAUUUUAUUUUUUUACUAUAUCAGAAAAAUGUCUGUCCAUCGUUACAUCCUGAAAAGAUUGUAGACCAGACCUAUUGAUGGUAGACAAGCCUGUACCCGCAGGUUUGUAGCAUUAUUUUACUAGUUACAGGGUCUACACAUAGUAGUAGUUAUAAUGUUUAUAGGGAAUCCUUUAAAGUAUGGAAAUCAGCAUGUGAAAAGUGUUACAAUAUUCUGAGAGAAUUCAGAUUGUCAGAGUAUAAAAUGUCAUCCAGGGUUUAUUCAAUGAACCAAUAAAUAACCCGUGAAUUGAUAACCAUUUUAGGCCAAAUAGCUGGAAAAAGACCAGAGUUGCACAAUUGGUUUCAGUUCGGUUUGUCCUAAAAUUUGCAAUUCUUUAGUGAAUUUCCCCAAGUUAAGAGAAGAACUCUGAAAAUGUUAUAGGCAAAGUGUGAAAUUAAGAAUUGUAUAAACUUGCUGGAGAUUAUACAGGUAAGAUUACACUUAAAGUCAGUAUUAGGGACAGUUAAAUACAAAGUCAAUUGACCUAUACAGUAUGUCUAAAAAAAAAAAAAAAACCCUCUAAAAACGACUUGCUGUUCCAUUUCAUUGCUCCAAAUUUGCAGAGUUGCCUCGAUAUUCUACAAACUGUCCUAAUGAGGGUGUUACAGGCAAAUCAUAAGUACACAGAAGUAUAGAUAUAUAUAUAUAGCACAAUAAAUAAAACUGCACAAUAUUACACAAUGGAUACGUUCUUACAUUACUAGGGCUGCACGAUUUUCACAAUGAGAUUUGUAUUAAAGAGCUAAUGGUUUAAGAUAUGUUAUAUUUGUAGGUUGCUUGAAGUUUUAGUACUGGAGAAAUAGAAAUGUAUAAAAGACUAGACUUGUUUUUGGGAAGUAUAUUGGAUAUAGUGAAAACGGCACAAAGCGUAUGAUUGGCUUAUUGUGUCUAAACACAGCUAUUGGCAAAGCGGCACUGUGCGAGGAUGGAGAGAAUCUGCACAGAAUAGUUUUACCCUUCUAGUGUACUAUGCCCUGCUCUGGCACUGAAAAGGUUAAAGAUAAACUAAAGUAGAAAAACUCAAGGCAUACACCAAAGAAUCCCUUUAAUCUCCAAAAUGGAUAGGUCUCCUUAUGGCACAGGAGAGUUUAAAUCCUAAAAGUGCUUACAGAACCCCCACCGCCUUGGCCCUGAGUGUCUGUGUGUUCACACAACCUAUUUAAAUAAUAUGAAAAUAUGGUAAAAGUAAUUAGCAGAAAUUGGGUUCAACAAAGCACCAUGUUAUGAGUGUGAACAAUGCAUGGAUUUAAAUUCUAAAAGAGAAAAGAACGUUUAAGGGAUAAAGUAGGCCCUCAUUUUAGAAUUGAUUGUCAGUAGAAAAGACAGGGGAUCAAAGUCCUGUUUAUAAACCAGCACCUUAUUUAAAUUAUUUGCUUUUGAACACAUAUGCAAUACGUGCUUUGCCAGCAAUUAGUAAACAGAGACCAACCCGCUGCAAUUAACAGCAGUUAGCCUUGGGUGAAGAGGAAGAAAGGUUAGUGGGAUUUCCCAAAAAACACUUAGUUUUUGGAAAUUCUAUAGAUCGCCAGCAAGCUUCCUGUGCUAUACAGACACAUGGGGUGGAAGUAUUCUCGCUGUAGCCUAUGUGCUGUCACUUUGUCAUCACAGUACUCUUCUGAUGGACGAUGGACCAUGGGAUCAAACCUUUCUACCACAGGCUGUGGUUUUAGGCUGGCAUUCUGCCUUAUCUUAAUUUUUUUUUUUUUUCGGUACCAAAGAGGUGAGCUGGCACUAAAAAAGGUUGAUUGCAAACCACUGUCCUUAAUUGGUGCUUUAGUGGGGAGAAAUAACAAAAUUAUGUGACACACACUUUCCCCGUGUCUAUUUUCAUAAACACACAGCAGUG